AUGGACGAUGCAUAUGAGGAGAAGAUUCAACGGGAACCGCCGAUGGUUACCAGGAUGAAUCCCGAGAAUUAUCUUAUGGGAAAAUCGGAAAAAGAGGCACAAGACGCCUACGAGAGGAAGUAUCCAUCGGGUCCACCAAACGAUUUACACACCUAUCAGGACACCACGAAUCUGGACUUUCCUUUUUUUUAUAGAUGCACCUCAGCCUUCACAAGACCGGAUAAUCAUUGUCGUCCUGCCAAGAAGCGGAUCUUCAUGGACUUUAUCUGGCACCCUCAUGUUGAAAUCACGCGGGCUUUUGAAUAUGGCGUGUUGCUGGAUAUGGUCAAGUCGAAAAACCAAUACGAUUUGGCGAAUGAAAAUGAAAAGAAGAAACAGAAAAGAAUAGACGAAGAUGAACCUCCACCGGAUCUUCUAGAUGUCACUUACGAUCACAGAGAGAUGGUCAUUGAGAAAAUGCUCAAGAACGACGUCAAGGAGAAGCAUCGUCAAUCGUUGAUGACAACAGAAGAAUUAUCGAAAUAUAUGGCAAAGGUUUCGGAAAAUAAAAAUAAGAACAAGAUUGCUGUGUUAUGUGAGAAGCCGUUGGAAAACUACGAUCGACAAAAGGCGUACUUGGAUAAAAGAGAAUCGAAGGAAUUGGCGAAUCAGCUUUGGAAGGAAUAUAUGGUUGUGAUGGAGAAGAAAGGUUAUAAGAAAACGACUGAAAAAUGGAAGGUGUUCACACAGGAGCAACAAGAAUUUAAGCAGAUGGAGGACGCGAAACGACAAGCAAAACGGGAACAGGUGGAGAAAGAAAAAGCUGAAAAAGAGAAAGCGUCCAAAACACCUGUGAAGACUUCAAAGGAUUCGAAGGAGAAGAAGAAGGGGAAAUAG